GAUGGCGCUAGCGUUCCUCGACAAAGGAAAUUUCGCAGACGUGUGGAAUGUAGACUGCGGUGUCCCAAUUUGACCAAUUUCCCGAUUUCAUGUCACCAUAAGCUGUGUUCGCCUGAAUCUCGGCCCGGGGGUCGUCGAGGGGGUAAUGCAGGUGCCCGUGAAGACGGCCGAGCCGCGCUUUUGAGCGAUGGCCCAGAGCAAGGACGAGGUCCUCAAGCAGGGGUUUAUGGUAAAGCGGUCGCAGAACAAAAAACGCUUCACUGCUGUCAACUACAAGCAACGCUGGUUCGUGCUCACCAGGAAUUACCUGAUUUACUAUGAUGGAGACUCCUCUGAGGAAGUGCCCGAUUCGGUGGCCCUGGCAGCAGUCAACGGGGGCACCAAGUCCUCGUACGCCUCCGAGCUGCCCUGUCUGCAAUUGCACUCUCUGCUUAGCCGGAGGAGGCGAGAAAGAGGGCGCAUAGAACUGAGCAGAGUCAGUGUAGUCGAAACCGCUCAAUUAGCGGGGGACGGCGAGCCUCCGCCCCCGGUCGGAUUCGCUUUCCAGGUGGGCUACGCCGAGGGAGGCCAGAGCUUCACCCUGCAUUUGCUCGCCAGCAAAGAGCAGGACAGGGCCGACUGGAUCAGGUCUAUCAGAGCAGUGUGCGCAGACAACAUCAACCUGAGCGAACGGUUUCACGUGGGUGUGUGGAACGGUCGGCGGUGGUCGUGCUGCAGGGUGCCGACGCGUUCAGCAGAGGGGUGCGACUCAAGCUCGUGGACUCCGCGCAACCAGCAGUCAAACCGCAGCACCAACUCGAACCAGCAAACACAGCUGUCGGUCAUCAGCGCGCCUACAACAGUGGCUGAGCCGGAGCAGACGCCUUCUACUCGCUUGGGAGCCCCAUCGACGCCCAUCAUGCCUGGAGGAGCUCCUGGGACACCCUCUUCAAAGGCCAAGGAAAAGCUAAUGAUCCGGCCCAAGAUCGUGGUCGCCCUGUACCCCUUCCGUGCCAUCGAGGGGGAUGAUCUUUCCUUAGAGAGGGGAGCCGAGUACGAGGUGUUGGACGACUCGCAGGAGCAUUGGUGGAAGGUGAAAAACGACCAAGGAGCCAUUGGUUACAUUCCUAGCAACUACGUCAAAGAAAAGGAACUGCUGGGUCUGCAGAGAUAUGAGUGGUACGUCGGCGACAUGUCUCGGCAAAGGGCGGAGAGCCUCCUAAAGCAGGAGGACAAAGAAGGCUGCUUUGUUGUACGCAACUCCUCCACCAAAGGAUUGUACACGCUGUCGCUGUACACAAAAGUACCGCAUCCUCACGUCAAACACUAUCACAUCAAACAGAAUAUAAAAGGCGAGUUCUUCUUGUCCGAAAAGCACUGCUGCAAUUCGAUUCCGGAGCUGGUCAACUACCACAAACACAACGGAGGCGGGCUGGCGUCGCGGCUCAAAGCGUCGCCUUGCAACAGACCCGUGCCGGCCACCGCUGGACUCAGUCAUGACAAAUGGGAAAUCGAUCCGAUGGAACUGAUGCUGCUCGAGGAGCUCGGCUCUGGACAGUUCGGGGUCGUCCGCCGCGGGAAGUGGCGCGGAUCGAUCGACGUCGCCGUCAAGAUGAUGAAGGAGGGCACCAUGUCCGAGGACGACUUCAUUGACGAGGCCAAAGUCAUGACGAAGCUACAGCAUCAAAACCUUGUGCAGCUCUACGGUGUGUGCAGCAAGCAUCGGCCCAUCUACAUUGUCACAGAGUACAUGAAACACGGUUCCCUCCUAAACUACUUGCGCCGCCAUGAGCAAACCUUGGGUGGCAACGUCGGCCUCCUCCUAGACAUGUGCAUCCAGGUGUGCAAAGGAAUGGCCUACCUGGAGAGACACAACUAUAUCCACAGGGAUCUGGCCGCCAGGAACUGCCUCGUCGGCUCGGAAAACGUCGUCAAAGUGGCCGAUUUUGGACUUGCAAGGUACGUGCUUGAUGACCAAUACACAAGCUCUGGCGGAACCAAAUUUCCUAUCAAAUGGGCUCCCCCUGAGGUUUUGAACUACACCCGUUUCUCAAGUAAAUCGGACAUCUGGGCCUAUGGUGUUCUAAUGUGGGAGGUGUUCACCUGUGGAAAAAUGCCGUACGGUCGUCUGAAAAACACCGAAGUCGUCGACCGGGUACAGCGAGGCAUCCUCCUCGAAAAGCCUAAAGCGUGCUUCAAGGAAGUUUAUGAUGUGAUGCGUAAGUGCUGGUCCCACAGCCCCGAGGACAGGCCGUCAUUCCGAGUGCUCAAAGAACAACUGGUGAAUGUGUCCAAGGGUCUGCUGGCCGAUUGACUCGCGCUGCACGCCCAUCUGACCCAGCAGCAGGAGCAGGGAUGCCAGGAAGGGGCGGCGCCCUGCACGGCUUGCGCCUCGUAUGGCGCGCCGUGGACCGAGCUGUGCAAGGCCAUGCAGGUCAACCUCCAGCCCCGCUACCACAAGGCCCAGUAAAAACAAAAUUUUGUAAGAUCUGUUCAGCACAAGAAGGGAGUCGGUCCCGAGCGACACGGGGCCGCGCCGCUCCUAGGAUUUAGGGAGAAUCAAAAACCUAGGCCUUUCCUACGCGAUCUCGUUUGUAAAUCCGUCAAAUUUCGUUCGUGUUUCCACCUUGUACAUAAUUUGUGACCCCCUCCACGUACACACUCGUCCCCCCUAACCCCUACCAGUCAUCGUCGUAAUUAAAAUGAGAAUUGGUUUUGUUUCGAGGGCCAACACUGACUGAUAUAAAAAUAGAGAGCGGACAUGAAUAUGAGCUGAUGAUAAUUGGCUCGCGCACGGUUGUGUAGACCAUUUUUAUGGACGUGGUCAAACAGAAACUCAUCAUUUUGUUCAGCUUAUUACCUUCAAAUUCCUGCUUUUCUAAUGCGGAGUAGCUUGAGGCAAUAUUUAUGUAUUUAAUGUGGAUCUUCCAGGGGAUAUGAGCGACCAAUAAUAUGUUGCAUUUCCGGCAAGACAAGUAGUAAAUUAAAUUUGUUGGUCAAUAUAAUUUGCAAAAGUCUAAUAAGGAUUUACAAAAUCAGAUUUUCUCAAAAUAUUUUAGUGUUCUCAUGUAUUUUCUCUCGAUUACAAAUCCUCUUGUUCUGGUCAAUCUAACUGUGCCCUUAUUAUUAGAUGCAUUGUCCUUCUGGUGAAAUAGUUUAUGACAUUUUAAUUUGAAGACAUUCCUCCCUGAUGAUUUGCAAAAAUGGAUCCAAUAUGUUUUAAAAUUUAUAACAUUUUUAGAAUCAGCUCGCCAUGAAUCCUAAAUUGAACUUUUUUGUAUUUUAGGUGAUUUUUAUUAUUUUUAGGUAGUUUCCCCCUCUAGACUUUUGGGAAAUUGCAAGCGGAUUUUGUUUUUAAAUUAUUAAUGGCUAUCCUGCAAAUUUUCGCCAUUUUUGCAAGUAAUGCAAACUUUUUCAAUGAUUUUUCUGAAAAUUGCUCAGUAUUUUUAUAACAAUAAAAAUAUGUUUGUUUCUGCUCUCCUAUUUUCAGAAAUUAAUUCGGCAUUGUCUAAGGCAAUUUAUCAGCCCUUCCCAAUUUUUUGAGAAUAAGACGUUUAACAAUUUUUUAUUGAGAUCCACAUUAGAUUUAAUUUUCUGUUUACGCUCGAACCUCAGCUCUCGCAAUUCAAAAGCAGGUCACUGCCCAGAUUAAGACGGAGCCAAACACAAUCUUGAGUUUCGACGUAGAAACGUCCUGUAAGUUGUCGAUUUGCGUAAUAUAUCGAUUGUGCUAUGUACAUUAUUACGUACACGUGGUCCUGAAUUACGAAACAUGAUUAUUUGCGAAAGGCGCUUAUCGCUAUUGAACUUGUAAAAUUAGCUUUUAAGAUUUCGCCGGUCCAUCCGUCGGGAGAGACCGCUCUUUCACUUGGAAAAACGCGUCACUCAGACGACGUGCAAAAUUUUAAAAAUUUUAAGUAAUUUUUAUGCAUUACGCCCCAAGCAGGCAGAUCAUAGAGAAAAUCUGUGUCUCCUUCCCGCUGUUGAUAGCAUAGAGAGCUGACAAUGAGUCCCAGAACCCAUGCGAUUACCCUUGAAUAACCAUUUGUCUACGAUGGUUCCGCUAGCUUAAAAAGGACUUUCGGCCUCUGUCUACGCAGAAGAUUUUAUAAAAUACAAUAACACUCUUGCUUGUACAGACACGUCAGUUUCAUUUUGUUAAUUUCACACUGGACAAGAGUCAAAAAGAGUGCUUCCCCGAAAGUUCGACUUCCUCCAAUCAAGGCAAUUCCGGAGCUGCGCACAAAAUUGAGCGCUCCCUUUUUCAACGCAUGCAUUAGAUAAUUAAUAAUCGCGAUGAUAUGUCGUGCAGUGACGAAUUUGAAGGACAAGUUGAAUGAAAUUUGUCUGCAAAAAGUUGGAGGGCUGACUUAUUCCUUUUUUACAUAAAUGGGUGUUCUGAUUGAUAGGGUCUGCAAUUUUUAAAUUUUUGUUGAUUUCUACGAGCAGAUUGCGAUUAAACUAAUUUAUUUUGAGCUCUUGUCCUUUGAAGACGUUGCUGUCGUAUGAGAAUAUAUAUUGUAUUUAUUAAUUCUGUGAUUGCCGCAUUUUGGUACACUUGAUUUCAAGGCGUAAAUAAUAUAUUAUCACUAUAAACACACACGACACAUACACAACACACACACCACACACUGACUUGGCGUAUAUUCAUAAAGACAAACAUUAUUAUGUGCUGCAAUUUGAACUUGUAAUUGUAACUCUCUGUAUUUAAGCAAUUAAAAAUAAUAAUUUACUGUCGAUCUGUGUUAAUAAUGUUUAGACUUGAGACAGAAAGAAUGAUUCCUACUGCUCUCUUCGACUCCAUUUUAAGGUUUUGUGCGCAGGGCAAGUGAAGCAUUUAAUUGUAAUCCGAGAGCAAAAUGACGAAAGGUGUAUAUUAACAUUAUAAAAACAAUGCUUCUGUAACAUAAUUUAGUGUCGACAAAUAAAUUGUUUAUUUACCUUGGGCCAAAA